CCCGCUAAUACGUGGACUUGCUGGCUAGAUAUUCUUCGUUCAUACUAAUCUAGAAAUAUCUCCACACAAGUACACGUUUCCGGGAGCAAUAGCCAGAUUAACGCCAAAUGCCAAGUCAGAAACUAUAGAAAGAGUAUACAAAUUAUGAUGAAUUCACUGGCGUCAGACAAGUUAUGAAGAACACGACGAAAUUUGAAGGUAUCGCUAAAACGAUGGCAGUAAAGACAGAUUGGAUUUUGAGGCCAAAUGUGCUAGGCUCAGUUUAAAGAAGCGCGAACUAUAAAAAUAUACGCCCAAAUGUGCUUUUAGUUCACGGCUCCUACUGAAUGAUGUAAGAAGAUUCUAGAAGAUGAAAUUGGGAUGCAAAUAUGACCAUCUUCAAUGACCAUUGGCAUACCUAUAACGGCAGUAUGACACAUACGGACGAAAAUAUAUUAUGGAAUCAUGACUUUUGCUAUCAUGAGAGCUGAAGCGGCCAAAAGUUCGCUAGACUACCAAGUCUUGAGGCACUUAAACACUUGAAUACCGAAAUAUGAGCCAUAUACAGAGCUAAUCCCGUUUCAGGCUGAGUAAUAGUCUACGCCCCAUAUUAACGAGAGCAAUUGAUAUGACUCACUGUGUGGACCCCGCUAGUCUUUAUCAGUUGGCUUCUGACCUAACACACGGCCUAACAAUCAGUGCAUCGAACUUACACAUACUGGGUGGAUGGAUCUCAAUAGAGGAAAAGUCUUCUUAGUCGAGGAAAAAGCGUAAGCAAGGAACACGUCAAAAAUAUCCACUUACGCGUCGCCUCCUGACCUAAAUUAAAACAAACCAGGAAUACGAGGAAUCUACAUGUAAAAUAGACCCGUAUUUAUCAGUUGCUUCUUGACCUGACUGAAGAUGUAAGCAAGAAACGGCGCGUUGGAAGAUCUGGAAAAAUCUGAACUUGUUAGAAUCAGUGCUCCCUAAACUCGUGUUUUUUAUCAGUGCUUCAAUAUAGAGGAGAGUUAGUGCCUAAAUUAUGAAACAGUGCCCAAAAAUCAGCCUUCAAAGCUGAAAGCUGAAUUAUGAACAUAACUGUGUAAAAGUGCAGCAAAAAACUUCCACUUACCUUGAUGUGUGAAUGCUGUGUGUGAAAAAGGAAGAUGGGGGAUACAGAGUUACGUCACGAGCUCGAGCGCGUCGUGUCGGAGCGGGACCGUCUACUGGCCGAGAGUUCGGAACUCGGCGCUGAUAAGGCCACGCGUGAAUCUGAACGCGCAGCCCUACGGGGGCAGCUGAGGGACGCGCGCCAGAGGGAGCAGCGCCUACUGCUGGAUAUCGGAGACCUCGAGGACGAGAACAUCUCGCUCCAGAAGCAGGUGUCCGCGCUUAGAUCGUCUCAGGUCGAAUUCGAAGGUCUAAAACAUGAAGUGCGGCAACUGCGCGAGGAGGCGGAGAACGCGCGCGCAGCCGCUGACGAGACGGCGGCGCUGCGGCGUAUCGCUGAAAGGCAGCUUGCCGAAGCCCUUGAAGCGCUGCAGGCGGAGAGAGAGGCCAAGUUCGCAGCGAAGAAGGAACUCGACGCACACCUGAGCAGGGAGGCACAGUUCAACAUCACAAACUUGGCGUACAGCAUACGAGGCCUGCCGGACGAGGCGGGGUCGGAGGAGGGCGAGGCGGGCGGGUCGGGGGCGGAGCUGGGUGGCGACCACCACGCCGACCUGUUCUCCGAGGUCCACCUGCACGAGAUAACGCGCCUGGAGAAGCAGCUGGAGCAGGCGCACGCCGAGAACUCGCAGCUGUCCGCGUCGCUCCGCGCGGCGCAGUCGACGGCGGAGACGGAGGGGGCGGCGGCGAGCGCGCUGCGGGCGGGCGUGCUGCGCGUCGCGUCGCGCGUCCAGGCGCUGCAUGCGCUGCACGGAGAGUCCGGACCAGAGGAGGGUGACAAGUGCGAGGACGUGCCGGCGCGCGCGGCUCGCUGGCUGACGUGGUGGCGCGUAUCGGGCGGUGAACUGGCCGCGCUUUGCACCGCGCUGCAGCAGCUACAGGGUCCGGCGCCGGACGGCUCGCCCGCGCAGCUCCAACGUCACGCGCUGGCGGACCUCAGCGACCGCGUCGCCGACGCCGAGCUGCGCUGCGCCGCGCUGCAGGCCGACGCCGAUCUGCUGCGCGCGCUCGCCGGAGGUGCGGGUCGCGCGUUGGCGUCAGCGGCGCCGGCGCUAACGUCCGCGGCGGAGACGCUCGCUCAGCUGUACCACCACGUGUGCGCCGUCAACGGCACGCAGCCCGAGAGAGUGCUACUCGAACACGCCGGACAGACAGACGCUUCUGGCAACACUCGCGCGGACUCGGAAGCGCUCGCGCUGGCUGCGGGCGAGCUGGAGGGACUCCGAGCGGCGGGGACGGUGGCGCGCUCUGCCGACACGCUGCUCGACCAGCUCACACAUCUACGAGCCGCGUUGGACACAGCGCUCGACUCGCGGCACAGACACCAGCCCGGUACGAUUAUGGAGGCGGAGGAGCGCGGGGCGGAGCUAGCGGAACUCCAGGAACAAGUGAUCAAACUCAAGUCCCUGCUCAGCACCAAGCGCGAACAGAUCGCUACACUACGCACCGUGCUCAAGAGCAACAAGAAUACCGCCGAAGUCGCUCUCGCCAAUCUCAAGUCGAAAUACGAGACGGAGAAAACGAUCGUCACAGAGACGAUGCUCAAACUCAGAAACGAGCUGCGCUUGCUCAAGGAGGACGCGGCUACUUUCUCAAGUCUCCGCGCCAUGUUCGCGGCUCGCUGCGAGGAGUACGUGACGCAGGUUGACGAGCUGACGCAGGCGCUGUCGAGUGCGGAGGAGGAGAAGAAGACCCUCAACCAGCUGCUGCGCCUCGCCGUGCAACAGAAGCUAUCGCUCACGCAGCGUUUGGAGGAACUAGAGGUGGACCGCGAGAUGCGUACGCGGCGUGUGCCCAAGCCGGGUGGUGGGACGCGGUCGCGGGGGCGGGAUUUCUAGCGGCUCGUGCGCGCGCUCAAGGCCGCCGCCGCCGCCCUGCGAGCGCUGCUCUCCCACGCGCCCCCCACGCCGCCGCCCCCCGCACGAUAUUAAAAUGCGUGACGUGCGUGCGUGAUGUGCGUACGUGUACGCAACUUCGAUUACGUGCGGGACGUAACUUGCGUGCGCGAACUGUGGUUGCGUGUGAAAGUGCGUGCGAGUGUACGUGCGCGUCAUCGAGACCACAUCGUUAAUAAUUAGGACUACUUUUUUAUGAUCCUCGAUUUUAGAAGACUAAAUUAUUUAUACCUUUUAUAAUAAACUUUAAUGUUACGAGGGGCGCGGCGGCCGACGGCUUAGUCUAGCGAAUCAAUUCUUAAAGGACCGAAUCGGAGGUGUUCAUAACGAGUAAGUUCGUAUAAUUUCGGGAGUACAGGAAGUUUGCAUGCGUUUUAAUACAAUGAAUUUAUAAAAUGAAUUUGUUAUAGAAAAUUUGUUGACUGAAAUUGUGAUACCCGUAUUGUGUUAGUAUACAAGUUUGUUAAAUUGACCCGAUGGAUUUUCGUUAGCGAUUCGGCUAAGCCGGGGCUCGCCCGGGCGCGGGCGGCGCGGUCCGGAUCGUGCGAACCGUCAAACUGUGCAAUACCGCGCCGCUCGCGCCGCCCACUACUAGGGUUGGUGUAUUUUAAUACGCAGAUGAAUUUUAUCCCGUUAUGCGAUCGCAGCGCGUGCGAUCAGAUUUGAUAUUUAUUGACGAUUCGGGAGGAGACCGUGCAAUGUUAUUUUUUAUUAUAUACAUAAUAUUUUCUAUUUGAAUCCGUCGUGCCGGAUUCGUUAUAUAUGUACAUAUUACCUUAACUCGAUAAUCGAUUAGAACGUCCAAGUAAAAAUUAAAUUUUUCAUCGAUUUCCAUCCAUUGUGUGCGCAAAAAGACUAUGUAAUCUGUUCUCUAGUUGAUAUGUUUGUUGUGUUAUGGCCCUCUGCCGCCUUCGUCCAUCUUGUUCUAGUUGUAUCGUAGUGUUUCCGUUUGUUUUGUUGAGGCGACGUCUGGAGUCGGGACACGCGGGCCGCACUGCAAGUCUCUCAAUACUCAUUAGCUAAUGUAAAGCUUGCGAGCUAUUUGACCUUUCGCGAUAUUGGGACAAAAAUCUCAAUCGAAAUAUUGUUUUAAUAAGAGCAAAUUAACGCCAUCCUUAAGCUCUAUAAACAUUAUAUAAAAUUGGUGUAUACAUUUUGACAUCAAACGCGACUACCAAAUGCAUGCGUUAUUUUGAUCAACAGUCGGCGAAAUUCAAGCACAAAUAUAAAAAAAAAAACAUCUGAUGCGGGCAAAUAGUUGACGGUCACACAAAAUCAAUGACCAAAGUUGACAAUGUUAUAAACAUCGAAAUCGAAUAAAGUAGGUCGCCAAAGUUGUCGACAAUAUAAUAAACUUGUUCGACUAACAAGUCACACAUAAUCGAUGGCCAAAGUCAACGAAAUUAUCGAUUCAAAAAUCGAAUCUACCAUCACAACAUCUUAAGAGUCAAAUAGCAUCGCAGUGCCACGCCCCCUCUAGACGCACGCUCGCACUCUGCCGUCCUGUGGCGCCGCCACACGCGUCCAAAUCUUGUCCACGAGUCGGUCGGUUCCAUAACUAAUAUUCCAUAUCGAUUCCAAUAUCGAUACUACCCCUAUCGAUUCUAUCUCUUUCCCCCUUUAUAAUAGUGUUUCAAAAUAAUCUGGUCUGAAAUUGCUCAAGAUUUGCUCAGGGAUCGACCGACGAUUCUAUUAUUAAGACAAAAUUUACGAAGAUAUUGUUAUUAUUUGUGUUAUUGGAUGUGCUUCCCGUAGCGCGGUCGACAGUCGCAUAGUACAUGUAGGUUAGUUCGGCCGAUAGAGGGCGCUCGGCCCCUAGUAAUUAUUUCUACCGGCGUAGUUUAGGUGUAGGUAAUGUUAACCUUCAUACUUAGAUGUACCGUAGACGUUUAUUUGCGUCGCAGCGCGCUCGACGAGAAGCGCGCGAGUUGUUAGCGCGAGGACCACGCCCUUGCAUUUAUUGUUCGUUAGAAGUUCGGCUAGCUUAACGUUAGAUCAUCCUUCGUACUUAACCAUACCGUAGCGUUAGUGCAUUUUAUUUCGUAGCUUAGCAGCAGACAUCUUUACGUCUAGUCAAUGUCCCGUGAGCCGCAAGUCAAAAUCGAUGGGUUGUAUUAACAUAUCCGUAUUAACUUUGCGUCCAUUCUCGUCCUUACGAGGUUACUUUUACUUUAUUUAAUUUACUCUUGACAUAAUGAAUUAUUCGUCCGAUAUUUAUUGUAAAAUCGCGCCAGAGAAGUGACCACGAGUUAGUCUACACUCUACGAGAUUGCAGGUGUUUAUUUUUCUGGCGGGGUUGUCGGUAUUAUUUCCUGCCAGUAUUUUUGGUUGUCGCCGAUGUCUGCUGCCCUCAGGGUGGUGGUGUAACGAUAGAGCGAUUAACCAAAUAUUUAUUUUAUAUAGUGAAUCACUAGAUCGUUUAUUUUCGCUUAGCGCGUAUAGAAAUUAUUUUAUAUCAUAGAUAAAUCGACUUUAUUUAAUCGAAAGCUAAAUCGCUCGUCGACUCGAUGCAUGAUUGUUCCCACUGUUAUCGAUUAUUUUCGUAGUAUCGAUUGCACAGUUUGAUGGUUCGAGAGGUUUUGUUGAGUAUGGCGAUUACAUGUCUUUGGCGUCGUAUCGAGCUUCGCACUGUGGCCGGCCUGAGCCGGUGACAAGCAGAACCACAUUCGGGAACAUAUCAUGACAGAGUGGAUUUAUUUUCUAAGGCACUCCGUUGUCGCAAUGACUGAAAAUGAUUCAUGUAUGAGAAUAUUAAAUGAUAUAUUUAAA